AUAUGGGUUAGGCCUGAUCUUUCCGCGUUACAUAAAACCCAGUCUACCUCGAGAUCAGUGCUUCCAUUAGCCCCCGUUUACUUGGAGAGGAUGAAUAACCGGUACUUCGACGCGAACACACCAAGGGUAGCGGCGGUCGUAUGUUUUUACAUGUCCGCCGCACUGGUGAUGGUUUUUGUGAAUAAAGCUGUUUUGAAUAGCUCACCAGACUUGCCGCUGCUGUUUCUCCUGUUGCAGCUGCUUAUCGCAGUCUUGCUCCUCCAUGUGGCAUCUAUGUUCAUCGCACGUGUCGAGAUACCCAAAAUCGAGCUUGAGACCGCCAAGAAGCUUACACCUGUAGUCCUUGUCAACAUCAUCGGACUUGUUUUCAACACAUUAUGCCUUCGUGACGUCGAGGCCUCUUUCUUUCAGAUUGCGCGUGGCCUUGUCCUACCUCUGACGAUUCUUGUAUUCUCCGUGCACACUCGCUCUGUGCCUUCUGUUCGAGUUGGAAUUGCUGCUGUGAUAGUUGCCGUAGGUUUCUUGCUCGGCGUGGCACCAUCCGCCACGGUGCCGGCCAAUGCUGCACCUUCAAGUCUUUCUCUCUUCUACGGCUUCCUUUCCUCGCUUUUCAUUGCUUUCCAUGCUGUUCUUAUCAAGUCUUCCCUCCCUUAUUGUCACAACUCAACUAUUCAACUUGCAUACUGGACCAACUUAGGCUCUGCAAUAUUCCUUUUCCCUUUUGUCUUGCUUCACAGAGAACUUUCUACCUUUGAGGACCUUAUUCACGAUUCAAACUGGGACGGAAAUAUGUUCCUGUGGGGGAGUAUCGUGACUGGCGUGUUCGGCUUCUUACUUUGCGUUGCCGGCCUGUUGAGUAUCAAGGUUACAAGUCCUAUCACACACAUGUUCUCCAGCGCCACAAGAUCUGUUAUUCAAACCAUGUUGGGUGUCUGGCUAUUCAAUGACAUUAUGACAGUUAAUCGUGCAGGAUCUAUUCUCGUUAUCAUAACAGGAACCAUUUAUUACACCUGGGUCAAAUCAUUCGAAGCCGCACCUCCGCCGCGCAAGGAUGUUGACCUCGAAGCUAUAGGAAAUAGGAAACAUGAGGAAGAUUCUGAUGAUGGCGAACUUACGGUGGUUUUCGAAGGGCCGGAGGAGGAGAAGGUGUAAGAAGCCCGUCCCUGGACACAUGUCUCCAUUUAAUGGACACGGGGAUUCUGAUCAUCAUCACGACGGGCAGGUCAUUACUGAGACAAUAAUAGCAGAGUACCACACUUAUUUACCAUCAACACGCACCUAUGCUCAUACACAAGUUAUUAGCUAUAUUUACUUUGUUUGCGUGCGGCGUGCCUAUAAUGAGGUCCUACCAGGGAUGAAGAGAACAUCAGAUCAGUUCCUCAUAACGUGAAAUCGGACUUAGUUAGAACGGAUUGCGCAUGUAGCUAGUGUAGGCUGUGUCCCGAGUCGGAUACUACUUUGACUAACGGCCGCAGUCAUCACUGGUCAGGGACAGAUUGACCUCGACGUCUCGGUCAGUCUCGGCCAAUAACUUGUAAUUUAUGUUCCCAUCGUCGAUGUUGUCGUUCGAUUGGUAAACUGACA